CGAAACUCAAUGACGUCAGAGAGGACUCUGGCGGAGUUCCUGAAGCCCUCCAGUAUCCCAGCAUUCAACGCGCGCUUGCAGCGUAUUGUUGACAAAGAAAAAGAAAACGGGGUGGGAUUUGAAAUAAAUAUCGUUAAACGGUAAACGGGAGUGAGAGGUGAACGUCAUGCUGCCAAAGAGCUGAACUGGCUGCAUUUAGAACUGGAUCUCUGCAGCGUUUCAGCCCAGAGACGGAGUGGGAAUACGAUAAAGGGAGGAGGACGUGAGCUCAGCUGGAGCCAAUGCAGCAGCAGAGCCGGCAGCCUGACCUAGUGGAGGGAAGCCUUCCAGUGUUUGUGUUCCCCACUGAGCUGGUGUUCUACGCAGAUGAGCAGGCUUCGCACAAGCAGGUGCUCACCCUCUACAACCCUUAUGAGUUUGCUCUUAAAUUCAAAGUUUUGUGCACAGCGCCAAACAAGUACGCCGUGGUGGAUGCCACUGGUGCUGUUAAACCGCAAUGUUGUGUGGAUAUCGUGAUCCGGCACCGGGACGUGCGGGCCUGUCAUUACGGGGUGAUCGAUAAGUUCCGGCUGCAGGUGUCUGAGCAGAGUCAGAGGAAGGCUUUGGGCAGGAAGGAAGUGAUGGCCACUCUGCUGCCCUCCGCCGCUCAGGAGCAGCCCCAGGUCCGGCCCCAGGAAGAGGAGCGCAGGAUGAAGGAGCAGCUUGCUGACAGAGUGUUCUUUGAGCAGACUGCAUUCCAGACAGAGAGCCGGACAGCGUCUGGGGGCCCCAGCCUCCUCACUGUCCUUUUAGGCCUAGUGUGUAUGGCGGCCCUUAUGCUCCCAACUUUGGGAGAGCAGGAAUCCACAGUGCCUGUCUACCUCCACUUAAGUGUUAACAAGAAACUUGUAGCUGCUUAUGUUUUAGGUCUUCUUACAAUGGUUAUUCUCCGCACUUGAAGUGCUCUUGGAAACAGUCUCGCUGAAAGGAACUUAAACGAUAAAGAGGGGAGAUACGGACAUUAACACAACCAGGAGGGUUGUGAGGAUGGAGGGGGAAGCACGUCUGAGAAUCUCCCUAUAAACAGGAACUAACUUCUUAAAUGAUCACAAACUCAAUGAAGACACAAAGAUCCACGGGCGAGGGGAGGGGAGAGCUCUGUGUUUACAGGCCGAACACUGACCGAGCUGGUAUUGAAUCCGGCCUACUAUGUUAAGUGGGAGGGGGUGUAGAGGAACAUGAAUACAUUAAAUUAAAUGUUGUUAUACGUCAUAUUCAGUGUCUGUGGCUUUUUGCUGCUUUUUUUCCAAGACUGAAAAUAGCUUUUAUGCUCCGAUGUUUGUCUAACGCUUAUAUCUUGUGCCCAGUAAUCUCUAUAGAUGCCACAUCAAAUAAAGAAACUGAUUGUUAAAAGCAUUUCCUAAUCCCACCUUCAUGUUCAAAAGUAUUAUUAGUUUCUUAUCAUAGUUAUCGCUCAUCUUAAGUGCGUUUUUACUGUUUGUUUCAAAUACAACAGACUAAAGAACAAGUUUAAAAUACUAAUGGAUUAUACCACUCUCUCUAGAAGCCUUUUUAACUAGAUUUUUAUAUUAACCACGUUAACAUAACGCGUGGUUUGGGAUAAUUUACAUAUUCAGCAAGGAUACAUUAUCUUGAUCAAAAGUGACAGAUGCAACAAUUAAAGUUUAAAAGAUUUCCAUGUCAAAUAAACGCUGUCCUCUGCAUUUCCAUUCACCAAAAGAGCAGCACAACUGUUUUCAAUAUUGAUAUGAAAUGUUUCGCAAGGAGCAAACCAUUUUUGAAGAAUCAUGUGACACUGGAGUAAUGGCAACAGAAAUAACAUUCAAAAUCUAUUGAGUAAACAGUGAUUCUCAAUUUAAUUAUAAUUGCCAUUUCUGCUGUUUUUGAUCAAAUUAAUGCAGACUUUCAAAAACAAAUAUUUAACUACAUUCAAAGAUAACUGGAAAUGCAUCAGUCUGUGAAAAGCAUCCACUGUAAAGCAGAAAUAUUCAUUAUGACUAUAAAUGAAGUACACUGACAAAGAGAUGGAGUAAAUUAGUGUGUUUUUGAAGAUAACAACCAGACUGCUGACAAGUGAGACUGAUAUCACAAGACAAGGCAACAAAAUAACUGGACAAAUAAUUUAUUUCAGACAUCAGGAAGUCUCUGAUACGAUGGGAACAAUAUUUGUUCAGAGAGCACAACUACACGUCCUCAUGACAGCACUCAGGUCCUCCUCGACAGAGUUCAUGUGCGCAGGCUUUAAAAGUACUGCACGAGGCGAUAGGACAGAGUAAAAUCAUUAAAUAAAGAAUUUGAUACGUCCACAGGACAAAAAACAAAACCAGCAAAGCAAACUACAAAUACACUUCACCCAUCACUACAGGACAGAAUCUGGAUCUACAUGACCCACUUACUGUAUUUGUUUGCAAAGACAUUCAGGAAAAAAAAAAAAAAAAAAAUUACACUGCGGUGUCUCACUUUUACGUGAAAAACCCUCACUCUUUCAAUUCACUUAAAUGGAGAAAAAAAAAAAAAGGGAUUUUUACAAUCACUUCCUUGCACAGAAAAAUGAAUUUAUGAUACAUCAUAUCAUGCUUGAGGAAAUAAAGCGAUUUCUUGUAAGGAAAUUUAGAAAACCAUUUACAAAAGAAAAUACUAUUUUCUAAAGUAACUACACCCCCAAACAAAAGACCUCCUACAAUUACUGUUGUACAUUUCUCUUAUAUACAAAUUUAAUGGCACACCAUUUCAGUCUCAGUAGAUUAAAUUUAAAACUCCACAAAACAUUUUUGAUGAGAGGAUUUCGUUUGUUUGCACUUCUGCCUGACUGUUAACAGCCUUUGAAAACACUGAAAAUAAUUUUAACUGCACCUGUAGAGCACACUCUCCUCCAAAUCCUUCCCGAAUAACAAACGGGGCAAAGCCACUGUGUGAAAAGCAAAAAAAACAUACAAUGGACAUCAUUCAUCUCAGCCCAGAUGUUUUGCUCAGUUCUCCGACAACACGGCUGUACGCAUGUCUUUAGGUUGACAAACAUCAGCGCAGGCAGUUUAGUUUCUCUGUAGUGUUCAAAUCGAGGGUUUAAUGGUUACCAACAGCUGCAAUAUUAAAUCCCAUCUGCAGUAGUUGUGCAUAGCAACCAUUAAUAUCAUCCGAACAGAGAAUGAAGUGCCAAGCUCUGAGAGAAGAAAAAACAAAAACACGUUUCCUCCACCUACUAAGAAAAGGCCAUUCCUGAAAAACUAUACGAAAAAUUCAGACCAAAGCCCAAAAUGAAAUUCUGCCCCUUUAAAGUGCAGUUGCACCGCUAAACUCCAGAAGAGGCGGCUGUCAGUUUGCCGGUCGACCAUGUUUUGCCACAAAUGUUAUGUACAUACUUACAUACAAAUAAAAGCAAAAAAAAAAAAAAAAA